AGCGUUCAUAGUGUUUUACAUUCUCAUAGACAAACACCAAUGGCGUCAAAAGGUAUGGUUCACAUGUAGAUUACUUUAUUUUUAAAUUUAUAUAUUGUUAGAGAUAAAAUGGGACAAAUUGUGUCAAUUAUGCCUAAUAUUGACACGUAUAAUAUAAUAUCUUAAUUAGUUAAAACAGAUUUUGUUGCGAGUUGUGUUUGAUAGUGAAUGAUUGUUUCUUCAUAUCCUGUAGUAUUGAUGAUUUAAUUACUUGUCUGUAUGUGACAAGACACUAAGGAAAAACAUACAAUAAUGAAAUUAACUAAUUGAAUACAAAGACAAACAUUAAAAGACUUUGUCAAGUACAGCCGGCCGGCUUGCUCCAAAUUAACAGGACAAUCACAAAUGGCUCCAUCCAUUAGCUUGUAGCCUUGUACUACUAAACAUAUAUUAUAAAUUUCAUGGGGACAAAUAUAGCUUAUACUAUCCCAAUAUUGCUAUACUCUCAACUAAAUAUAGCUUAAGCUAAGCUUGCCAUGAGGGCAUAUUAAAUUUCAUAGAGUUACUUGAUCUUCUCUACUGGAAUCGAUUAAUAAUGGGUAGCAGUCGCAAUAGCAUGUUCCGUUUUGCAGAUGGGAUUGACAAGCUGCUAUUGUUGUUUGGCAUUUUGGGUAGCAUUGGAGAUGGUUUGAUGUCUCCAAUGGCUAUGUACAUUCUCAGUGGCAUUAUUGACACCAUUGGAGCUUCUCUAUCUUCUGCUGUCAUUAACCAGUAUGCUCUCAAGUUAUUCAUUCUUGCCAUUGGAGUUGGCCUAUCUGCUUUUAUUGAGGGUGUUUGUUGGGCAACAACAGCAGAGAGGCAGACUUCUAGGAUGAGAUUACACUACUUGAAAUCAGUCCUUAGACAGGAUGUUGGUUUCUUCGAUCAUCAUACCACCACCCAACAACAACAACAACCUACUUCUACCUUCCAAGUUGUCUCUACAAUCUCCUCCGAUGCCCAUCUAAUCCAAGACGUAAUAGCUGACAAGAUACCCAACUGCCUCACAAAUAUGUCAUCAUUUGUUUUCAGCAUUGUGGUUGGAUUCAUUCUCUCUUGGAGGUUGACACUAACCGUCCUUCCCUUCACCCUCAUGUUUAUAGUUCCAGGACUGGUCUUUGGUAAACUGAUGAUGCUAAUGGGCUUGAAAGCGAACGGUGCUUACGAAGUUGCGGGUGGGAUUGCAGAACAAGCUAUCUCAUCCAUUCGGGUUGUAUACUCCUUUGUCGGGGAGCCUCAAACACUUUACAAGUUCAGUCAGGCUUUAUCGGAAACCAUGGGACUCAGGAUCAAACAAGGCCUGGCUAAAGGAUUUCUUAUGGGUAGCAUGGGAAUGAUUUUUGCUACUUGGGCUUUUCAAGCUUGGGUUGGAAGCAUCCUGGUUAUUCACAAAGGUGAAAGUGGCGGUCGCGUAUUUAUAGCUGGAGUUUGCGUCAUAUUGGGUGGAUUAGCCAUCAUGUCUGCACUGCCUAAUCUAUCCUACUUCUCGGAGGCAAAAGCGACAGCUACAAGAAUGUGCGAAAUGAUUGAUAGGAUUCCAUCAAUAGAUAGUGAAGAGAAGAACGGGAAAAUUCUAUCACAAGUAAGAGGAGAAAUCUUAUUUAGAAAUGUUACCUUUAGUUAUCCUUCAAGACCAGACAAUCCAGUCCUCCGAGGUUUGGAUCUGAAGAUCAAAGCAGGGAAAACAACAGGCCUUGUUGGGGGAAGUGGUUCUGGUAAAUCAACUGUCAUCUCUUUGCUCCAAAGAUUUUAUGACCCCACCACCACCAAUGGAGGAGGAGGAGGAGGAGACAUUAUGCUUGAUGGUCACAAAAUUCAUAAACUUAAACUUAAAUGGUUGAGAUCACAGAUGGGCCUCGUUAAUCAAGAACCCGUUCUCUUCGCCACCUCCAUUAAGGAAAACAUUUUAUUCGGCAAGGAAUUAGGAAGAGAAGCAGCAGCCACCAUGGAUGGAGUUGUAAGCGCGGCCAAGGCUGCAAAUGCCCAUGAUUUUAUAAUCAAUCUACCUCAAGGAUAUGAAACUCAUGUGGGGCAGUUUGGAUUUCAGUUGUCUGGAGGUCAAAAGCAAAGAAUUGCCAUAGCCAGAGCUCUAAUAAGGGACCCGAAAAUCCUUUUGCUCGAUGAAGCUACAAGCGCUCUUGAUUCCCAGUCUGAAAGAACCGUUCAAGAGGCCCUUGAUCGUGCUUCCUUGGGAAGAACCACUAUCAUAGUAGCUCAUCGACUCGUGACAAUACGAAACGCUCACAUCAUAAUAGUUCUUCAAUCAGGAAGAGUGGUUGAAUCUGGAAAUCACGACGAACUUAUUUCAAGGAACAAUGGUGCUUAUCUUGGAAUGUUGCAGUUGCAACAACAAUCAUCGACACAGUCACAAUCACAGGAUAUAUCAACAACAGACGUUCCACAUAGGCAUGGGCGUCGGCGUAGUCGAUUGCCGUCUCCAACUGCCCCAAGCCCUAAUAAUUGGCAAAGCAGCUCGUCUUUCUUCACUCCAAUGCAUUCCAUUAGCGCCCCAAACUCAUAUCCUUUUUAUUACGAUGAUGACGAAACCGAUGACGAAGAAGAAUCACUUGAACGUUCUGAUUAUCUCCGUCGGUUGCUUAAAAUGAGUGCUCCCGAAUGGAAGAGAGCAUUGCUCGGUUGUUUUGGCGCUCUUUGUAAUGGGGCGGUUCAACCCAUUUAUGCUUACCAUUUAGGAUCACUCGUUUCGGUUUACUUCUCAAACAAUCAUGUCAAGAUCAUGUCCGAGACGAUUACCGAUAUUGUCAUCUUCUUAGGCCUUGCCAUCGUUUCGUUUAUCUCAAAUCUCGUUCAGCACUACAACUUUUCUAUAAUGGGAGAGAGGCUAACCAAUAGAGUGCGCGAGAAAAUGCUUCAAAAAAUGCUUACUUUCGAGGUCAGCUGGUUCGAUCGAGACGAGAACACGAGCGCAUCGAUCUGCGCUCGUCUGGCCACGGAAGCCAGCCUGGUUAGAUCCCUCGUUGCGGAUCGAAUGUCGUUAUUGGUCCAGAUUACAUGCACUUCUUGUUUGGCAUUCGCCGCGUCACUUGUCAUCACUUGGAGAGUUUCGAUCGUGAUCAUCGCCAUACAACCUCUAGUCAUCGGCAGCUUCUAUAUGAGGAACGAGUUGAUGAAGAGCAUGUCCAAGAAAGCGCGACAAGCACAAAAAGAAGGUAGCCAACUCGCGAGUGAAGCUGUGGUUAAUCAUAGGACCAUAACCGCCUUUUCCUCUCAAAAGAGAAUACUUUCCAUGUUCAAGGAUACGCUCGAGGGACCCCGAAAGGAAACCGUGAAGCUUUCUUGGCUUGCGGGUUGUGGCCUUUUCUGCUCUCAGUUCAUGUCACCGGCCUCUAUUGCUUUGACAUUUUGGUAUGGAACCCGGUUAAUGAAUCGCAACUUAGUAGCUCAGAAGGAACUGUUUGAGGUCUUCUUCAUCUUGAUGAGUACUGGCAAGAUCAUUGCCGAUACAGGAAGCAUGACUUCCGACUUAUCCAAAGGCUCAAGCGCAAUCAGGUCGGUUUUCUCCAUCUUAGAUCGAAAAACUGAGAUUGAACCUGAAGAUGAAGAGGAGGAGGACCAAGUUGAGUUAGGAUUGUUGAAAGGACGAAUAGAACUGAAAAAUGUAUUCUUUUCUUACCCAACUCGGCCGAAUCAGAUGAUAUUUCAAGGUCUAAGUCUGAAGAUCCAAGCUGGCGAGACCGUGGCAUUGGUGGGACAGAGUGGUUCGGGGAAAUCCACUGUGAUAGGACUAAUAGAGCGGUUCUACGACCCAUUGAAGGGAUCAGUUUUAAUAGAUGGUCAAGACAUAAAGCGGUAUAACCUGAGAAGCAUGAGAUCACAAAUUGCACUGGUUAGCCAAGAACCGACCCUAUUUGGAGGGAGCAUUCGCGAGAACAUAAUGUUUGGAAAGGAAGAAGCAACGGAGAGUGAAAUUAAGGAGGCGGCAAGACUAGCUAAUGCUGACGAAUUCAUAAGUAGUUUGAAAGACGGUUACAACAGUUAUUGUGGAGAAAGAGGGACGCAACUUUCGGGAGGGCAAAAACAAAGGAUAGCAUUGGCUCGAGCAAUUCUAAAGAAUCCCGCAAUCUUGCUAUUGGACGAGGCAACAAGUGCUUUGGAUAGCGUCUCGGAGAGCCUGGUCCAAAAGGCAUUGGAGAAGAUGAUGGAAGGACGAACAUGUGUGGUGGUGGCGCACAGAUUAUCGACCAUACAAAGGGCAGACUCUAUAGUUGUGAUCAAGAAUGGAAAGGUUGCAGAGAUGGGUUCUCACGAUCGGCUUCUUUCUUUGGGAAGCCAGGGAUCGUAUUACUCCCUAGUUAACUCACAGACUCAUCGUCAAUAACUGAUACUUAGCCUGAGCUGAAUCAAUUUGUCAAUCAAAUGGAUAAAAGCUUAUAAAUGAUAUAAAUAUCAAUUUGGUAUGCUAAAAUAAUAAUUUGAUUUUGAGUAUUUUAAAAUAUGAAAAUAGUUUUGAGCCAAAGAAA